AUGAUAUUUCACUAUCUAUUGUCAGUCCUUCUAUCAUUUUGUUCAAGUUAUGUUGAGGGAUUUAAUUUCCAGAAAUUAUCACCUAGUUCACUGGAGAGAUCUAAGAUAAAAGAGGGAAUCAAUGAAAUUUCUGAUGAGAAAGGAAUUCUACAUAAUGCUAUUGGUACAUUGAACAAUAUCAAUGAAGACAAUAUAUUCGUACGUGUUGGUUCCAGUGAUACAUUUCGAUGUGGUAUAUUGCCUAAAAGUGUAUCCUCUCAACUACAAGGUGUUUGGAAUGCUGAAAUGAUCAAUGGUGAAAUGGAUUUAUUAUCUUUUAAAAGAAUCAAUAACACUGAGAUAGUUAUUCAACCACCAAUAGGUGCAUCAAUCUAUUAUAAAACUGGUUGGACAGAAAUCUUGUGCUCGUUUAAUGAAUUACAAAGUAAUAAAGUGAUCUUUAGUUUUAAACGGCUAAUAAAAGUGGUUGGUUGUCCGACAUUUGGAACUUUAAAUGGAGUAGACACGGGAGAAGUUAUUCUACCGUUUGGAUCAAAUAAAAAACUUCGUUGUGCUAUAAAACCUGAUAAUAUUGAAUCAAUACUGAAAGGUUAUUGGUUAGCUAAACAAGUAGGCGGUGAAAAGGAUCUAUUAUCGAUUAAAUUGCUAAACAAUACAAUAAGUAUUGAACCUCCCGUCAACAAUGGUAGUUAUGAAACUCCAGGUGUAACUGAAAUUCAGUGUAUAUAUAAAAGUCGACAAAAUACCACUUUGUACAGUUUCAAAAGAACUGUAAGAAUAGAAGAAAUGGAACAGAAAUAUCCUGGUUAUUGGAUUGGUCGUAUCCUAAGCAAUAAGGAUAAUAUCAUUGAAAUGAAUACAACAGCAAAUGAAACAGUUGUAUUUCAACCACCUAAACCAUAUAAAACUUAUACAAAUCGUGGUAAAGCACAAGUGGAAUGUAUUUAUAAACUAUAUAAAAAUAAUAAAGUGCUAGUUAGAUUUAUAAACACUAUCAUUGUAUAUACUAAUCAAGUAAGCUAUUAUCUUGAUAUCCAUUCUGACUAUAUCUAUCGUAUACAUAUCGGUAGUAAUCGAAGAGUUUGUUGUACAAGCUAUGAAAAGACUGAACAAAGUCCGUAUACAUGGAAGAUAAGUGUUCCGAAUAACGUAGAAGGAAAAUUAGUUUCAUACAAUGGUACCAAUUGUAUUCAACCACGAAAAGGCGAUCUCAUCUAUCUAACACCAGGUACAUUUAAUGUCACAUGUGAUUUGAAAACAAAAUCAGGAGGAUCAACAGGCAUUUCAAAAACAAAAACAGUACAUCUUGUUGAUUUAGGCAGAAUAGGUACAAUUAACGGACAUAAUGGUGAUAAUGGAUAUGCAAUACUCGGUACUUCAAAAAUAUUUCAAUGUGGUAUAAUACCAAAAAGUGUAGAAUCAAAAUUAAAUGGUUACUGGAAAGCUGUAAUACUUGAUCAAUAUAAUCAACCAUUUUCAUUGAAUUUAAGUCAAGGCAAAGUUAUUAUUGGACCAUAUAAUGGGAAAAUUUAUGAAAAAAUUGGUUAUAUUCAAAUCCAAUGUCAAUAUACCUAUAAAUAUUAUGAAGUUGAAUUUGCUUUUGAUAAAUAUAUAUAUGUUACAUCUGCAUUUCAUUGUAACACUAGAAGUAAACAAAAUCCAGUGAAUCUCACCUAUUCUAUUGGUUCAGCUAAUCAAUUUGCAUGUUGUUAUACACCGAAAUCAAUAAAUUCAGAUGGUUAUUGUAAACUGUUGCUUAGUGGAAGCAAAAAGAAAGAAGAAGUAUAUCCUGAAGAUGAAUUAUCUAUUGAAUACUGUGAUGAUGAUUAUAUAUUUGGACCACCUAAUAAUAAACACGUUUAUACAGAUGAAAAACAAUGGUCAAUUCAAUGUUCUUAUCUCAAGAAAAACUAUAAUACAGAAUAUGAUACACUGAAAACACAUAUGAAAGUAGUAAAUGAUGUGAAAUUAUACUUCACUUAUCAUGUUGACAAGUUUCAUUUCAAUAAUGAUAAUGAUUCUGAUUCUGAUGACGACGAUGAUGACGGUGAUGAUGAUGAACAAAUCAAUAUUGGUUGUAUAGUUGAACGUGAUCCAUUAGCACUGGUACACAGUAAAGGUAUACAUAAGAUAACUAUGCAUGGUUAUGCUGCACAAUACUUUGAAAUUAAUUAUUCAGGCAAAUAUCCAGUAAUAAAAUCACGUCGUCUACCUACCAAUGAUGAUAGUGAAUCAGUAUAUGGAUAUGCAUUGUUUCAGUGUAGUUAUACCUUUUAUAAUGGAGAGAAAUAUACUACUGAUAUGGCUAUAUACAUUGUAGAUAAGAAAGCGUCUACCUAUGAACCACCUUCGGUUUUGAUUAUUACAAUACUAUCUUCAUUAAUGUCAAUCUGGUGGUUUGUUUGGUGGAUUAUCGUGUUAUACACAAUGUGUUGGAUUGUUUUUUAUCAAAUUUAUACAACUAAUGAAGAGUUAAGUGAUUCACAAAUAGAAGUACAAAUGUUUCUAGAUAACUGUUAUGCAAUUCAGAAUAUCGAUCAUCAACAUCCUCACCACCAAAUAGUGGUAUCCACAAAUCAAGUUCAACAAUUAUCUCAUGAUCCAUCGCAUGAUUUCGUCGAAUUGUUCAUUUUAAAUCGAGAUGAGAUUGACAGCGAACUAUUUACGCAGAUUAAAGGAUUUAUUCAAAUGUAUCAAAGUUAUUAUCUAAUGGUUAAUCAUUGGAAAUCAUUAUGGUUGGCGAAUGAUCGUGAAGGUAUUGAAGAAUCAGCUCAAAUGAUCGCAGCAUUUAUUAGGAAAUAUAUGAAAGAUAAUUCAGAAUCACAACAAGUUAAUGAUGACAGCUCAUUGCCUCAAUUUAAUCAACCUUCAGAAUUAAUUCAGAUAUACUCAACGUCAAUGCAAGAGGUUCAACCUUUUGAUUACAUUUGUGAUGAACUGUUAUUAGUUUACAUUUAA